UAGAUACUGGGUCUACGCAGUUUGCAAUCCCGGCUGGGUGGGAGGAUGUAGCAGCGGUGUGUAUAUGCUAGAUCUUAACAGAAGCGAGCUGUGCUGAUCCCGUUCAGGACACAUGGACACUUGAUAUCUCCAAAUCUUGGGUGCAAUGGUGAGUGUCAAUCGUCAUCUGGAAUGCUUACAAGUAAUUGGAGAUCUCGAUGAGAAGUAAUUCCCUUGUCUCAUGCAGGCGCAACGCACGAACUGGACGGAUCAGACGCACAAAUCCCAACCCCCCUGCACCUCGCACUUACCUGGACACGCCCAAUGUUCAAACGCACCUCCAACUUGUUGAAAGAAGUCCCGAAUCCCACGAGUUCUUGUACCGGAGGGCCUUCUUGGCCAUCUUGAAGCAUUUUUUCGUGGAGGCUGAAGGAUUCGAUGUUGUCCAGGAGGAGUCGCUUGGGGAGACAACUGUCGGUGAAACACAGGCAGACAUGUCGGUGCUCAAAAUUCUUGCUCGCCCUGGGGGUAGCAUGUAUGCGUAUGACUACUGUUUGGUAGAGAGCAAGAGGGCCGAUAGAAGCUGGCCUCUGACGAGAGAUCACUUGAGCAGACACUGUGGCAGCCAGUUAGAAUGCUCCUACGCACGUCUGUCUACGCGUCUCAGCUGUACAGGGUUCACUUCUCAGCUGGACAGGGUUCACCUGUUGUUUUGUCACCGUUGCUGCCUGCAACCCCUGGUCUCUCUUCACUAUAUAGCCACUCAUUAGCACCUCAAUACAACUGAUGCUUUCCUCACUGAUCCUUUGCCCUUCCUACGCCAGCUGCCACACUGCGGAGGCACAACGAACGCAUCUAAGAAAGUCUACGG